AUGAUAAAAGAUUACAAAAUUAAUAUUUAUUAUGGUAAGAACUACCCAUUUUUAUGUAGAACUGUGUUUGAUAUAUACCAGAGUUAUUUAAAAAAACAAAAAGCCAGCAACGUGACCGAUGAAUACUUUGAAGAAGUAUACGUAAAUUUUAUAAAUGACAAAACAGUUGUAGAUGAUAUAAAAGUUGAAUUUAUAAGAAGCAGUGUAUCUGACGAAGCUAGCAAAAAUCCUAAUACUAUUCAUGUAUCAAGCAGUGAUAAAAUUUUUGCAAUAAAUCUUGAUUAUUUAUUAGAAACAAAUUUAUACUAUUUUAUAAGAUAUAAUGAAAUUGUUAAUAAGAAUCUAAUAACUAACGUAUUUUUUCAAGCACAAUAUAAUGAAUGGAUUGAUUUUUUACGAAAUAAAGAUAUCGAAAAAAAUAUAAUACCUAUCUGUGAACAUAUUAACAAACAUUUAUAUCUUAAUACAUUCUUAUCUUCCCAUUAUUUAACACUUUCUGAUAUAUAUAUAUAUUAUGAAAUGCAUAAAUAUUUCAGUGGUAAUAUAACUACAAAUUUAAAAUAUCCAAAGCAAUAUAAAAAUAUUAAUAGGUGGUUUAAGUUAAUAACAUCUUUAAUACAUGAGCAUGUAUCUACUGAUGCUGAAUUAACACAACAUUUGAAAAUAAAAGAAAAAAUAUUUAAUUCAAGUGGUGGUAGAAGAUCAGGAAAUUGUGGAGAUAAAUGUUCUGGUGAUCAUGGAAAAGGAAGUAUAGCAUCUUAUGAAGGAAAAUUACAAAAUGCAGAAAAAGGCAAAGUUGUUACUCGAUUUCCACCUGAACCAUCAGGUUAUUUACACAUUGGUCAUAUAAAAGCUGCAUUUUUAAACAGUUAUUAUGCAAAUAUAUAUAAAGGAAAAAUGCUACUAAGAUUUGAUGAUACAAAUCCAGUUUUAGAGGAUGUAAAAUAUGAAAAUUCUAUUAUGGAAGAUUUAGAAAUAUUAGGUAUUAAGUAUGAAAAAAUAAGUUAUACUUCAGAUUAUUUUGAAUUAUUAGAAGAAUAUUGUAUUAAACUUAUCAAAAUGGAUAAGGCAUAUGCUGAUGAUACAAAUGUUGAUGAAAUGAGAAAUCAAAGAGGAGAAGGAAUCGAAUCAGUAAAUAGAAAUAAUUCGAUUGAAACAAAUUUAAAACUAUUUGAAGAAAUGCGUAAUGGUACAGAAAUUGGUAAGAAAAAUUGCAUUAGAGCAAAAAUAGAUAUGUCCAGUAAAAAUAAAUGUAUGAGAGAUCCAGUAUUAUAUAGAUGUAUAGUUGAUAUACCACAUCAUAGACAUGAAUUUAAAUAUAAAUGUUAUCCAACUUAUGAUUUUGCAUGCCCAAUUAUUGACUCUAUUGAAGGAGUAACACAUGCAUUAAGAACUAAUGAAUAUAGUGAUCGAAUUGAACAAUAUAACUGGUUUAUAUAUACAUUAGAAUUAAGAAAUGUCGAUAUAUAUGAAUUUAGUAGAUUAGCUUUUGUUAAAACUGUUAUGUCUAAAAGAAAAUUAAAAUGGUUUGUUGAAAAUAAUAUUGUUGAUGGAUGGACAGAUCCAAGAAUGCCAACCAUAAAAGGAAUAUUAAGAAGAGGAUUAACAAAAGAAGCUUUAUUUCAAUUCAUACUUGAACAAGGACCUUCAAAAGCUGGUAACUUAAUGCAAUGGGAUAAAUUAUGGUCUAUCAAUAAACAAAUUAUUGAUCCUAAUAUUCCGAGAUUUGCAGCUGUUGAUAUGAAUAAUGGUGUUAUAUUAAAAUUAACUGAUUUAAAAGAAGGAGAAGUUAUUGAAAAAACUAGAGAUUUACAUGUAAAAAAUAAAGAUCUAGGUACAUGCACUAUGUAUUAUACACAAAAAAUUUACAUAGAAUUAGAAGAUGCUCAAAUGAUAGGGCCAAAUGAAGAAAUAACUUUAAUUAAAUUAGGUAAUGUUAUUGUUAAGGGAAUUAUUAAAGAUGCUGAUGAUGUUAAUAAAAUAAAAGAAAUUAUUGCUGUAUCUAAUUUUGAUGGUGAUUUUAAAACUACAAAGAAAAAAAUACAUUGGCUACCUUAUAUUCCUGAUAAAUUAAUUAACUGUACUUUAUAUGAAUAUGACCAUUUAAUAACUGUUGAUAAAUUUGAAAAUGAUAAUAAAGAAGAUUGGACAAAUUGCAUUAAUCAAAAUAGCAAGUUCGAAACAGUAGCAUAUGCUGAACCUGCUCUAGCCGAUCUUAAGGUUGGAGACAAAUUCCAAUUUGAAAGACGAGGAUAUUUUAUUGUUGAUGAAAUAACAGAAGAUAACCACUUCCAUUUAAUAAAAAUACCCGAUGGAAAAUCAAAGAAUAUGUCUAUUAUAUCUACCAAAGUAAAUCCACAAAGUUUAGCAGGAACUAAAAAAUAA